AUGGAGAGUUCAAACUCUAGUGACAUAAUAGAUCCUUAUCCAAGUUAUUCGUCAGACGAUGAAGAUGAAGAAGAACUGGAGGAAAUACAGAGGGAGCAAAAUGAGAAGGAAUGGACUACUUUAUGUCAAAUAGCAGGUAAAUUGAUAUUGAUGUAUUACAAAAAAUACCUAUGCAAGGAACCUUGUCGUACAUCUAGUCGCUCUGGAAAUGCAUUUAUUCAAGAGAUAUUAAGAGGAAACGAGACUCGUUGUUAUGAAAAUUUUCGGUUGAGGAAGUCGGUGUUUGUUGAUCUAUCGAAUGACUUAACUGAAAAGUAUGGGCUUAAACCCACACGUGGAAUGUCUAUACACGAGAUGUUAGGCAUGUUCUUGAUGACUUGUGCACAUGGAGCUGGAAAUCGAUUGAUACAGGAAAUCUUUCAACAUUCGGGAGAAACAAUUCAUAGACACUUUCAUAGUGUUUUAAAGGCGAUUUGUGAGCUUGCAAGAGAUAUAAUUAAACCACAUCAAAAUUAUAAUGAUGGUGCAGGAGCUCACAAGCCAUGUAAUGGUCGAUAUCUCCCUUUCUUUAGA